AUGUUGUUGUGCGGAUGCAAAGAUCUGGUGAUGUUGGACGCCAGAGAUUGUUUUGGUUUCGAUGAGAACGACAAUGAAAUAUCAAAGCUUGCGUCUCAUAUUAGUAAAUUUAUGCGCUCGGGUUUUGAAUUUCCUGAAUUUCUUCGUGGUUUGGACAAUUUGGUUCUUCCUGUUGAUGGAUACUCAUUUGAUCAGCAUGUGGAGGAGAAUUGGGAUGAAAUGCUCAAUGAUUUGCUCAAUGCGUUCAAUGAUUUGCGAUUGAAGGAACAAUCUAUGUCUCUGUCUCAGCAUCCAUACAAGACAUAA